AUGAAGACAACAGGCUACUUGGCUGUGGGCGCUGCCCUUGCUUCCUCCGUUGCUGCCGCCAGCUUUGAGGACCGCUUUUUGGCAAAAAGACAUCAUGACCUCGUCAGCCACGAUGCUUUGAUGGCCAAGAUUAACCUCAAAGACUUGAAGGAUGGCUUGAGCAAGCUCCAGGAGUUUGCUGAUAAGGACAACCAUACACGUGUCUUUGGCGGCCCAGGCCACAAGGCUACCGUUGACUACCUUGUACACGAACUUAAUAAGCAUGGGUACUACAAGGUGGAGGCUCAGGAACACAAGCAACUCCGCACCAAGGGUCAGCAGAGCUUGACGGUCAAUAAUGGCCAGCAAAUCCCAUCCAUUGCCUUUACCUUCAGCCCUUCCGCAAAUGUCUCCGGAAACCUUAUCGCCGCCAGUAAUCUCGGCUGCAAUGCUACCGACUACCCACCCGAGACAGAUGGAAAGAUUGUUAUCGUCGAGCGUGGAGUCUGCACCUUUGUUGAGAAGCAAACGGCCGCGACCAACGCCAAGGCAAAGGCUUUGAUUCUCUACAACAAUGGCCCCGGUGACCUUCGUGCCAGCCUCCAGAACCCCCACCCACCAGGCAUUGCUGCCGUUGGUGUGACCAGAGAGAAUGGCUUGAAGCUUCUUGAGUUAGCCAAAGCCGGCAAAGCGCUCGCCCAUCUUUUCGUCCACACCGAAUAUCUCAACUUGACCACUUGGAACGUCCUUGCUGAGACCAAGGAAGGUGACCAUAACAAUGUCAUCGUGCUUGGUGCUCACACCGACUCUGUUGAAGCCGGCCCAGGUAUCAAUGACGAUGGAUCCGGCACGAUUGCUCUCCUCAACAUCGCCAAAGCCCUCGCUAAGUUCAAGGUCAAGAACGCCGUCCGCUUCGGUUUCUGGACCGCUGAAGAAUUCGGUCUCCUCGGCUCCCGAUACUACGUCAACAACCUCUCGGAGAAAGAGCUGGCCAAGAUCCGCCUGUACUUGAACUUCGACAUGAUCGGCUCCCCCAACUACAUGUUGGGCAUCUACGACGGUGAUGGCAACGCUUUCAACAAGACUGGUCCUCCUGGAUCUUCUGAGAUCGAACAUUUCUUCGAGAAAUACUUCGACGACCUAGGCUGGCCCCAUGUUCCUACUGAAUUCAGCGGCCGCUCUGACUACGAGGCCUUCAUCAAGAAGAACAUCCCCUCUGGCGGUCUCUUCACUGGCGCCGAAGGCCGUAAGACUGCCCAGCAGGCUAAACUCUUCGGCGGCGAGGCUGGUGUAGCCUACGAUGUUAACUACCACCUCCGCGGUGACACCACUGCGAACAUCCACCACGGUGCCUUUCUCUUGAACGCUCGUGCUGCUGCCUAUGCUCUCGCCGAGUAUGCCCUUAGCACUUCUGCUCUUCCACCCAAGGCAGAGCCUCCCACUGCCCGCGCUUUCUACGACGGUGAUUUGCUUGGAAUGUGCGUGGAGGCCGCUUGCGAAAUUUAA